CAUCUCGGGGUGAAUCUGUGAUCUGCUACGCCAAACGAACGCAAGGAUAAGUUAAUUUAACAGGGAAAUUAGCAAGUCGGUGGGUGAUCACAAGCGGAAUAAAUGAUUAUAGCACUUUGGAGACUACAACACAGAUUCAAGUGUUUGUAGUAGAAGCCAAUUUGUCGAACAUCCUAUAAGAGACAAGGCGAAAAUAGUAUCCUGAGAAAUCUAAGGAAGUUACUAGUCGACUGACUCAUAAAGUCAUUGUGACACCAUAGUAGAGAAACAAACUUCUAGGAACUUGUGUUGGCCUUAAACUGAGACUCUAUUGUAACAUAUAAAUUUGAACAAACUACCUGCAUAAAAAAAAUACCCAGAGACUAAAGAUGCAGAUAUAUUAAGUGUAUGUAAUAGGACCCAAGGCAUACAUUUUUCAGUGAGCGUCAAGAAACGUGUGAACAAAGACGUCUUGUCAUUCCGUAUUAAGUAAGGACAGUAAAGAAAGCAACUAUGGUCUCUACUAUUAAUUGUCGCCUGUGCUGGAAUACCUGCAAGGACAUACAUCGAAAAUUGUAUGAUGCAAAUGGUCAAAGGACUGAUUUAUACAAUUGGACAGCAAAAUAUUUUGCUACAGAGCUUCUGGAUACUAAAGAUGAUAAUAAUGACACUAAAGUUUUAUGCAAUCAAUGUUGGUAUCACAUAUCCGAAUUUCAUGCCUUUCAAGAGUCUAUUCUACAAAAACAAAAUCAACUGUCAAGGAUUCGAAUAAGAAAUACAAUGGUUGUUCCCAAUGAAUCUUUGCCGAAUACUUCAGAUUUUUUAUACGAUGUCCAGCAGUUGUAUCCAAAAAUCAUACCAACAUCUGUAAGGCGAAAUGAAGAAACAACCACAUAUUUGGCAAAUGAAUCAUCUAAUGGAUUGCAUUUAGGAGAGAAUGAAUUGCACCCACUACAAAACAUGGAGAGACUGAAGCCUGAUGUCCUACAGCCCAUGAUGAUUGAGCCGAAUAAGAAUUUAAAUCAACCAAGCUCUUCAAUUUCACUUGAAACACAAAAUAACACAAGCGGACGGUUGGAUAAUAAAGAUGUCACCAGUUUGCUGAACUCCUCUUCACCACAUAGUUCGCAGAAAUGCAUUUCAAUAUGUGUGAAAUCCGACGAGGAGCAAGUCUCCUACCUCAUAGCGCCUGAACUUGCUGUCAAUGCUAAUCAAGAAGAUGUAAGAUCUAAUCUAACCCCACCCUUAUUGGCUUUAUCUAACUGUGCGAUGGAAGAAAGAAUGGCAACUUUUGACAAAGAGUCAAGUUUGGAAGUCGUAUCGUCUAGUCUUCACAAAGUAGUACCAAUUGCUGAAGAGACCAUACCACAGGCAAGAAAUAGGAAAAAUAUUAGUCUUAGUGUAGACGACAGUAUGCCAACACCCCACAAUAAGUAUCUUGGUAGUGAAACCACUAUGGCAACUGACCCCAAACUGUCUACACUCGCACAACAAGAUAUAGAUAAGGCACACAUCCAAAAUGAUUCGAGUGAAUCUUUUACAGACUCCGAAUUCGAUGAACCCUUUGGUAUAUUUGUAGGAGGAGAAUUUGGCGAAUCUGCUUCGAAAACUGAUACCAUGAAUAACCAUAACUUUUCUUCUGAUGUUGAUGAUGAUGAUGACGAUAAUAUUCCUUUGGCACAAUACGCCCAAAGCUCUAGUAAAUCUCUUAACAAGUCCAAGGACAAUGGCCCAACAGUUAUGACAGCCAUGGAUUAUGAUAAAUCUAGAACAGAUUUUGAAUCCGAUAUAGAGAAUGAAUGUCAUCCGAUGACCCAACAAAUGCCAAAAGAUGCCGAUAAUUGUGUAAAUAUCACAUCUGGAUCGGAGGAAGAACCAGAUUAUGAAGCCAUGACAACACAGAGACGUAAGAAGAAGAUUUCUUAUAAAUCAAAUUUGAAAAGGCUAAAUACAGUCGAAGAAUACGAUGCGUUUAUAGCCAAAUGGCGCCCAGAAUUGGAAUGUGAAAUAUGCCAUGAAAAAUUUUCAACAUUUUCCUUGCUGCUUCAACACUUUCAGCAGCAGCAUCCUGAUGAAAAGUGUCAUAUUACAUGUUGCCAACUUAAAUUAUACUAUCGUUAUGAAAUAGAGAAACAUAUCUAUUAUCACACAGAGCCAGAAGCGUUUAAAUGUGAGGUGUGCUACAAAGUUUUCACAAUGAGGUCUACUUUAAUUUAUCAUCAACAGGGGAAGCAUGCUGGAUAUCGUUUAAAUUGCCCAAAUUGUCCAAAGACUUUUCAAUUUUCGCAAUCGCUACAAAAACAUAUAAAGUUUAGCUGUAAUAAAGUAACACAAAAUAGGGAAAGCCCACAUGUAUGCCAAGUUUGUGACAAAGCUUUUAAGUCCAAAGCUCAUUUGCGUGUUCAUUGUAAGCAAGUUCAUUUGAGAAUUCGAAGAGAGUUCGCCUGUACCAUAUGUGAUAAGGUCUUCAAUUCGGGACCAUUGUUAAAAGCACAUAUGCGUUUACACACAGGGGAGCCGCGUAUGGUCGAAUGUUGCGAAUAUUGUCCAAAAAAAUGUUCCACCAAGAAAUACCUCUAUGCGCAUAUUAAGGAGCGCCAUCCAGAAGUUUGGGAGCGGCGCCAAAAAGAAAGAGUUGAAAAGAUGUCAAUGAAAAAAACCUACAAGUGUCCCUCUUGUGAGAAGGUUUUUCAAUCGAGCAUGUGUUACUACGACCACCGGCGGUCUUUCCACUCUGAUAAACCAAAGUACAAGUGUUCACUUUGUCCCAAAGAAUACCGAUAUCUUUCUAAUGUGGCAGCACAUUUUAAGAGGGUACAUUUCGAGGAAUGGAAAAAGAAACAAAAGACAAGCGGUGACAGCAUAAAAUGAUUCUUUUUUUUUUAGCAAAACUACAAUAAAAUAUGACGAAGAUGAUAAUUAUUAAACUUUUAACAA